AUGUGCGAUCCUUUCAACAUGGAGCUGGUUCCACUCACCAGGCUGCUGCAGGGGAAGAGGGUGGUGCUGGCGAGCAGCUCCCCCAGGAGGCGGGACAUCCUGUCCUCCAUGGGACUGCAGUUCGAGGUCGUACCCUCCCACUUCCAGGAGUCCCUGGAGAAGGUGAGAUUUCUGGCUCCGCCCGAAUAUGCCCGGGAGACAGCAAAGCUGAAGGCUCUGGAGGUGGCGUCGGGGCUGUGCAGGGCCCCGCCCACAAGCCUCACCCCGCCCUCUGCUCUGCAGGACCUGCACCCUCCUGAUGUCAUUAUUGGAGCUGACACCAUUGUGGCCGUGGAUGGCGUCAUCCUGGAGAAGCCAAAGGACAAGGAUGAUGCCUACAGGAUGCUGCGCAGGCUGAGUGGCCAGCAGCACAGUGUCAUCACCGGUGUGGCCAUCUUGAGGCCACUGUGGCGGAGGCAGCUUCAGGAGCCGAGUUCCACAUGCCCAGAGGCCCCAGAGGCGGAAGGGGACCCAGAAGCAGAAGUGGAAUUGUCACUGUUCCACGAAGAGACCCGUGUGACAUUCUCGCGGCUAUCGGAGCCACUGCUGUGCGAAUACGUGGAGAGCGGGGAGCCUCUGGACAAGGCUGGCGCCUACGGGCUUCAGGCGCGAGGUGGUGCCCUAGCAGAGCGCGUGGAAGGAGAUUUCUUCAAUGCCGUGGGGUUUCCACUCAACCGCUGCAUUCGUGAGCUGGCUGCCAUCUUCCCGGAUGUGGGACCACAAGUCCCUGUCAGCCAGCGUCCGGCCACACCCCAAUAAUGAGGAUUGUAGAUGGAGAGUGAGUAUGUGAGUGACUGUCUGGGCGGGAAUUCUGGUGAGAGAGUGACUGAAGGGGCGGGUCUUCUGGUGAGUUUGUGAAGCAGUGACCCAUUUCCCAUGAUGCCCUUGGUGCAUUGUGUUUGAUUGACAGAGCAAGGUUCCCUCAAGUGCAUCACUUCCCAGUGCUAGGACACAGGACAUGGGGUGAGGUGUGUGGAGGCAGGGUUAGGGGACAGGCCCACCGAGGGGAGUACACCUAAACCCGCCCCUGUGGCCCUGCCCCUCCUGAUGCCCCACCCUCACCAUCUCCAUGGGCCCUGCCCUUGCCCCCACUGGGUCCUGCAUGAGCAGCUUCACCAUCAGAUGCCUGUGAUGGACAUUUGACAUCAGGAGCAGGGUCAGGGGAGGCCCCACCCCCUGCCCGCACUCUGAUUUGCAUAUUCAAGAGCUGCCUGGAGACUCAGAAGACAUCAAGUACAGAAACUGCUGGGGUUAAUUUGCAUGGCCACACC